CCAAGUUCAGGCGAGUGGCUGAAAUAAGUGGCCAACUUCACGAUCGUAAACAAACCACGUUUUUGUGCAAAUCUCACUUUUUUUGCUAAGAUUUGCACGUAGAGAUCGACAAAAAUUAUUUUUUGAAGGGUGAAUGAGUAAAAGGGUUUAAUAAUGGAGAGGGGUAAAGGAGGAACGGGCCGCGGGGGCAAGAGCAAAGCCCCCCAGCACCCGGCAAACUUCAUACCGCUCGGGUCCAAAGCAGGCGGUUCUCGACCCGAUUUGACGGAGCCCAAAAGACCCACCAUGGCCCCGAAAAUCGGCGCCGCACCCUCGGCUCCGGGUUCCUCGGAGAGAAAGAGAGAGGCACUGGGGCCGACCGUUCCAAUUCCUCCGGCCAAGAAGGCCAAACUGGACAGCCCGAUGAAAGGUGAGGAGACGUCGUGGGACGCGAACGCCCUUGAGUGCGACCCUGCCGACUUGGUGGCGACGAUCAGCCAGGCCAUGGAGGCUGACGACGUCGCCAAAGCCAGGAGUCUCCUCUGCGGUGGCCUUUGGCUCCUCAGGAAGGGCAAGGCGGACAAAAUUCUCACCCUGUCCCUCUUGCUCGUUGGCAAACAGUGGCCCCAGCUUUUGACUGCAGAAUCAGGCGCUCUUUGCAGCUUCCUAAGGUCAAAGAUCAAGAGCCAGGCGGUCACACUGGCGGCAACCUUGUUGAUGAAGGGUUUGCAAGACCUUUCUAUCUGGCCCGAAGCUUUGGCCAGGGCGUAUGUAGAAGACGCGGCCGGUGAGCACUUGUGGGUUGACCUAGACGAGGCCAAGCCUUUGGUGGACAACAUUGUGGCCUCCUUUGGCACCAAGCAGCUGCAGAAGUUGGUCAUUCCUUCUGAGAUUGGCUUCGGACGCAGCGAGUCGCCCGGGAGUGACGACGAGGCAGCGUCGGCAAGGAAGGAGGCGGCCAUGGAGGGCAUGGACACUGGACCUGUGCUCAAGAGGUACAAGGAGGAGGUCUUGGAGGGGAUCGUGAUGGCCACCGUCCAGGAACACCUCGGACGACGCCAACCGCAGGACUCCGUGGGCAGAAACCUGCUGAAGCUCAUGGCCACUGCCAGCGGACUUCUGGAAGUGAGGCUAUCGGCUGCUUCCAAACUGGAUUUGUGGCUCCAGAAUCCAAAACUUCUGAAAGCGAGCCAGGAGCUGCUUUUGUCCGUCUGCGCAAAUUGCAGCAGCUCUAAAGAUACGGAGGUUGUUGGCCACUUGGUCAAAAUGAGACCAAAAUCAAAAGCCAUCCUCAACCUUUAUUUGUCCGGAAUUAGAGAAUUGAUUGCAGCGAACGGAGACAAUUUGGGUCUGGUGCUGAAGCUGACCAUCUACAAUGAGUUGUCAAACUCGAGGAACACCAACAACAUGUCCGUCAUUGCGGUCGUCUUUCAAACAUACCCUGAGCAGGCGGCCGUGAUGUUGGCCGAGGUUUUUCACGAGUUGCUCAUGAACCGAGAGGACUACUUGAAGCCUCUGAGGCUUUUCCUGAGAGAGUUGGUGCGCAUGCUCAGGGCUGAAAUGCCUCUGGUCACCUUCUGUCGCACCCUGAUGCGCGACCGCUCCAAAGAGCAGACUUUCAGGGACUUUGGCUUCAAGGAACGAAUGCUGGCCGCCAUUGCUGACCUCGUCUGCCUCUGCGUUUUGCUCGGCAUUUCACCCGCAGUUCGAGAAGCCGCCUCCUUGAUAGCUAGGGGUGAACGGAAGGAGGUGCAGACCAUGAUCAACUACCAGAACAUGGCGGCCAAGAUUCAGCGAGACUCGGUCUGGUGGCUCCACGAAACAGUCAUCAAGAUGUACCACCCUUCGGCCCAGGAGUUUGUCCACAUUCUGCACAAGGUGCUCUUCUUGGAGCAGGGCGACCAGUACCACGGCAAGGACAACUGGCCCCCCGAGAACGACCGCGGCACCAUGUACCGCCUGGCCUCGGAGGUGCCUGUCUUCCAGAACACCCUGCUCAGACUCAACAUCAUCGGCCUGUCCAAGGAGCACCCAAUUUCCUGCGCAGACCUGCUGGACAUCGAGGAGAGAAUCAUCAAGAGAGCCGCCUCAAUCGCCAGUGAGCAACUCAACCCCUUGCUUAUGGACAAGACAGACCUGCUGGAUGUCAUUUUCGACCUCUGCUCCUACAGACACCCUGACAACAUAACCCUGCCUGUUGGCUACUGCCCUCCGAGACUUGCCAUAUCAAAUUUGUACUGGAAGGUUUGGUGUCUGUUGGUGGUGAUCGCCGCGUUCAACCCUGCAACCGUGGGGGCGACGGCGUGGGAAAAGUACGCCACCCUGCGCGCCUUCAUGGAAAUGUGCAUCACCAACCAUUUCCGUUUCCCCCCGCCCACGAUGGCCCUGCUGGAGGAGGACGCGGCCAAGGAGGCGCAAACCGCCGCCCACGAGCGCACGCAGAUCCUCGAGUUUGAGACUCACCUGGCCGCCGCCUCCACCAAGGCCACCAUCACCGAGCACACGUCUCUGCUGCUGCCCCAGCUGACCUCGUUUGACCCCAUCGGACCCGCGCGACGCCCCCCGGCUGCCGUUCUUGCCUCUCUGCAGGCCCUCAACAACCAGCUGCACCUGGGACACAGACUGUGCCGCAGCAGGAACCCUGACUUCUUGCUCGACGUCAUACAAAGGCAGGGCACUUCUCAAGCCAUGCCCUGGCUCGCUGACCUCGUCGAAAGCUCUGAGGGAGCUCUAAGCCACCUGCCAGUGCAGUGCUUGUGUGAGUUCCUGUUGAGCGACACAGCACCUCUUGCCGAACAGUCGAGACAGCAGAAGCAGCAGCAGCUUGUUGGUCACCUGAGAGGGCUGUUGGUGGACAAAGACGGCCUUGAUGCUGCUUCACAAUGCUGUGAGGUUCUUGAAUACUUCCUGCGGCGACUUGGCUCUCCUCAGGCGUGCAGCAGACACCAAGCCAUCAAGGGCCUGAGACUUCUGUUGGAAGAGGAGGAAGAGGAUGGAGUGGUGAGCAAUUGGCUCCUCGAGCGUCUCCCUGCCCUCCCCCACUUUGCAGCAGUGCGGCCGCAAGCGAUUUUGGCCCUUCGACAGGCCUGCCUGACCGAAAACAACAUUCCCACGCUCAGGACGUACCUGCGAUUCCUGGCUGACCAUUCGACCAAGGACGCUGCCCUUCACAGUCUGGCUGACCUUGCUCUCGACAUGGCCCAACUGGUUGUUGAGCGAAACAACAUCACCCAUCUGCUCCUUCCGUCUCGAGGGCAGCUCGAGUGUGAAGAAGCUCAGAGUUCUUUAGCCCAUCUCAUGCACAUCUUCACCAGUUAUCUGCAAAAGGCGCGAGAACCUCGUCGAGAGGCGUACGUCUGGUCGGACAGCCAAGACCACAUUUUAGUGCAGUGGCCCAGCGGCGAGGAGUGCACCCUCCAAAUACUGGUGGUCCACGCCUCGGUCAUGUUGCUGACCUACGGCCAGGGCAGACAGCCGCACCUCUUCUUCCAGCUGAUGGACAUCUGGCUGGGUCCGACAGGCCCUCGAGCCUUCCUCGUGGACACCUCCGAAGAAGCUCUUUUGAUUCCGGACUGGCUCAAGCUGAAGAUGAUCCAGUCCGAGGCGCCAGGAUUGGUGGAUGCCGCCCUGACAGACCUCGAACCACCUCAACUGCUUCUGUUUGCACAGAAUUUUGGCAUACCUUCGGAGAACAUGGGCAAACUGCUCGCCACCCUGGACAGAGCCGUGCAGACCGAACCCCAGGCUGUGGCUGACGCUCUGCAGGACAGGACCUACAUGGUCCAACUGGUGCGGGUGCAGCACUUCCUAGGCGCACAGAAUGGACACAAGUUCCUUCAGUUCCUCGACUCAACCCCUCAACAGCCAGACGAGGUUGCAAUGGAGGAGGUCGAGGAAGAACUGAGACCACCUUUGCCGGAGGUGGAAGAGAAGAAGCCUGUUUUGAAAGCAGUAGAUUCUAUGGUUCCUUCGUUGUUUUCCGAGGAUGGUUCCGAAGCCAGGGCCGCCUUCAACCAGAUCCACAAGACGGUCUGCAAGGAGGUGAGCCAAGGUGAGUCGCCGCUGCUUCUGACCGUCAUCCGCCAUGUAGUGAGAGAAAUCAGGAACCGCCCCUCUUUCGCCCACUACGCCCUCAGCAGACCACUUCUCCUGUGGCCGCUCCUGCGUCUGGCAGUCACCAUGCGGCCAAAUCCGGCCCUCAAAGAGGCCCUUCUGCAGCUGGCAGAGCUGCUCAAGGCCACCAAACAGGCCACGCCCCUCACCCACAUGCUGGCCGCCCCAAAACCAAAGGUGGAAGGCCCAAAGGAGAAGCAGCCGAGUGUGGCCGAGGUGGCCACGCACAAGUUGCUGCACCAAGAGCCAGGGGACAGCACUGGCCGAUUGCUGGACAGCCUGGCCACCAUCGAGACGGUGCCCAUCGAGCAGCAGAUGCAGCUGCUCUUCGGCCGAGGUCACACCACCUGCAGGCCCUACCUGCUCACCCUGUUGACGCACAGCUCCACCUGGAAAACCCUGCACAACUGCAUGACCCAGUUGCUGCAAGAAAGAAACCCGAGUUACGACUCAAGUGCUGUUCUGGACUUUUUAUGGGCGCUCAUUGGUAAUCCAAAAUUGUGGCAGGGAAGGGAAAAGAGGCCGUCAAAGCAUCAAAGUCGAGAUGACAUUUUAUGCUUGAAUCAGAAACAGACUUGUGUUCUAUUGGAUUACGUACUGGAUGAGGCCUUGAGCAGUGGGCAAGACUUGUCAGACAGCAGAGUGUCGCUGAUCCUUCAGUGUCUGCCGCUGGCCUACCUGCCGAAGUUGGUGCGCCACCUGGCCGCCACCCUGCAGUCUCCUGAAACUUCGACCGUCGGCCGCCAACUGCUCCUCCAACUCUACCUGGCUGUGCCCGUCCUCAUCACGCACUUGAGCGACUCUGAGAAGGACGUCUUGGCCGAAGGCACCAUCAACGGCCCCUGCGCCCUCGACAUCCCCUCCCACUCGCUGCUCUCGGCCCUGGCGUCCUCCUCAGGGUCCGCCAAGGACUGGAGUCGCCGCAGUCACGACUACGAAUUGGCCGCCCGCAAAAUGACGGCCACGCAUCCUCUGCUGGUGCUGCGCCAGUUGCCCAUGCUCGGGACCUCCCUGAGGGGGCGCGUCCACUUUGAGUCGUCUGUUUUCCGGAACAGAAACCACCUGAUUUUCUUCAUGCAGGUUCUUGGUCUGCUCGAAAUCCUGCAGCCACACAUUUUCCAGAUGGAAUACGCCCAGUCUUUGGAGUUGAUACUCGACUCCUUUUUUGCCAUGUUCCAUCUCCACAACCAGCUGAGGGACGUGCAGAUUGCUCUGAAUAGGACUGUGGCGCUAUUGCAGAGUUUUGUAUCUUACGAUGCCCAGAGAGCACUCAAAUAUCUCCAGCGUCACUGUCAACUUUUGCAUGACCUCCACGCAGCCUAUCCGGGCGUGUCCGGUCUGCAGCCCCUUUUGGCCGGUCUGUCCCUUCCGGCCCGAGACGGCGACGAUCCCGAAGUUCUAGUGGCCGCCGCCGCAGUGGGCGCCGUCGAGAAUCAGCAGCCGACGGCCAUGGUGGGCCAAAUCGUGGGCCGCCUCGGCAAGCAGCAGUCGGAGGACGUGCAGCAGCAGGCGCUGCAGGACCUCGACCACACCUCCCUGCGGCGCCAGGCCAUCCUCGAGGGCUGCGUCGACCUCUUGGCGGGACUUCUGCUGCACCCCUCCAACAACACGCGUAGUCUGGCCCACACCCUGCUGCUGCGCUACUUGCGCUACAACCCUGGGGCGGCGAGCGCCUCCGUCACCACCUUCGUUCACUGCCUGGACAGCAGCAACCCGGACAUCCAAGCCUCGGCCAUUGAAAGGAUUCCAGAAGUUGUGGUUUGCGCCCAAGAACAUGCAUUGACUAUUUUGAAAAAGUUGGGAAAGCUCGGAAUCGAACAAGGCGUCAACACAACCUCUGUCAUCUUAAGGGCUGUUUCACUUCUUCAGUUGCAAAAUGGAUGUUAGUUUUUUUUUAUUCACUUUCAAUAAACAUCAAUUUGUUUAAAAUUUCUUUGUGCAAUUAAUAA